AUGGCAAACUUCUCGACAUUAGUCGGUGUUAGAGAGGAUACACUCAAUGGAUUACAGACAGUAGGAGAGUUCGUCGUCGAUCUUAGGCGAUGGUCGGAAGGACGUGUGAUCCAAAACUUCGUGCUGGAAAAGAGGAAGCAUAUCCUCGGCGAGGAUCAUCUAGACACAAUCACGGCGAGAAAUAACCUUGCAAGAACGCUCGGAAACCAAGGCCAGCUGGAUGAGGCAGCAAGGAUGCAAAAGGAAGUGCUGGAAAAGAGGAAGCGCAUCUUUGGCGAGGAUCAUCCAGUCACAAUCACGGCGAGAAAUAACCUCGCCUGCACACUCGGAGCCCAAGGCCAGCUGAAUGAGGCAGUAAGGAUGAAUAAGGAAGUGCUGGAAAAACUGAGGUGCAUCCACGGCGAGGAGCAUCCUGAUACAAUUACGGCAAUGAGCAACCUCGCACAUAUGCUUGGCGACCAAGGCCAGCUGGAUGAGGCAACAAGGAUAUAUAAAGAAGUGCUCGAAAAGAGGAAGCGCAUUCUCGGCGAGGAGCAUCCUGAUACAAUCGCAGCAAUGAGCAACCUCGCAUAUAUGCUUGGAGACCAAGGUCGGCUAGAUGAGGCGACAAGGAUGUAUAAAGAAGUGCUUGAGAAGAGGAAGCUUAUCCUUGGCGAGGAUCAUCCAGACACAAUCACGACAAUGAAUAACCUCGCAAGCAUACUCGGAGACCAAGGCUAG